AUGCACGACGACGGCGCCGGGGAGGCCCUGGAGGGCGUCUGGCAGAACGUGACGGUGCCCGGCUCGUCGCUGUCCGCCCGCCUGGUGCACCUCACCCCCGCCGUCACCUACCGCAUCCGCGUGUUCGCAGUCAACGACCUGGGCCCCGGGCCCGCCAGCAACCAGGCGGCGGCGCAGACCAUGCAGGAAGCACCCAGCGGGCCGCCCACGGAGUUGAGGUUGGACGCCAGUCAACCGGAGUCCAUCUUGGUGCGGUGGAGGCCCCCUCCGGCGUCCGUGGGGUCAGUGCUGGGCUACCAGGUGGGCUACCGGCCCGUGGAUGACGACGGCGAGCGCGGUGCCGACGACGGCUGGGAGUGGCGGGUGGUGCGGGCGCCGCCGCGCGCCGCCGCGUCCGUCGUGUCCAACGCCAUCAGCGACGGGCUGGAGACGACGCUGUCCUCGCUGCGGCACUUCACGCGCUACGAGGUGGUGGUGCGCGCCUUCAACCAGGUGGGCCACGGCCCCGCCACGCAGCCCAUGCUGGCCCUCACGCAGGAGGGAGUGCCGUCCGAGUCGCCGCAGAGCGUGCGCUGCGAGGCGCUGUCUCCGCAGGCCCUUCGCGUCCGCUGGGAGGCGCCCAGCCCCGGGCGCCAGCACGGCCUGCUGCAGGGCUACAAGGUGUUCUACCAGCUGCUGGCCGGUGCCGGCGCGCAGCAGGGCUCCGAAGAAGUGGAGGUGAAGCGGACCACCAACCUGGAGACCAACCUGCACGGCCUCGCCAAGUACGCCAACUACUCCGUGCGCGUGGCCGCCUUCACUGGGGCCGGCGAGGGCCUCCGCAGCCCCCCCAUGUACUGCGUCACGGAGGAGGACAUCCCGGGCCCCGUGGAGCACAUCAAGGCCCUCGUGAUGACGUCGGAUAGCGUACUGGUGGCGUGGUCCAGGCCGCUGCAGCCCAACGGCGUGGUCGUCAAGUACACGGUGUACCGCGCGCAGCAGCCCGCUCGCAUGGACUUCCACAAGGAGACGGUCCCCGGUGAUCGGGAGCCGCUGUUGGAGGCGCGCCGCCUGGUGGAGAACCAGACGUACGAGUUUUGGGUGACGGCGUCCACCGCCGUCGGGGAGGGGCCGCCCAGCGUCAAGGUCAAGCAGCGGCCCGUGUCCAGAGUGCCGGCUCGCAUCGCCUCCUUCCCGCGGUCCAUGCUGGCGUCGGCGGGCUCGCCCGUGCUGGGCGUCGUGACGCCCGAGGACGCGGGCAACUACUCGUGCCGCGUGGAGAACGUGUUCGGCACCGACCGCGUCGACUACAACGUGCAGGUCGUGGUGCCGCCCGCCGCGCCCCACGGCGCCAUGAGCGGCGCCGCGCACAACAUGCUGCACCUGUCCUGGAAGGCGCCCGACAACGGCGGCUCGCCCAUCACCGUUUUACCAGUGGAGGCAGGUUUCUUAGUGGGUUCGUCUGCUGCAGGGUACGUGGUGUCCUACCGCCGCGAGCGCGGAGAGUGGAUGGAGGGGACGACCGACGCGGACCGGCGGACGCUCACGCUCGUGUCCCUCAAGUGCGGCAGCGCGUACCAGGUGCGCGUGGCGGCCGUGAACGCCGUGGGCCGCGGCCCCUUCAGCCACGCCAUGAGCUGCAAGACGCUGGGCGGGCCGCCGCAGCCCGCGCGCCAGGACACGGUGCUGGCCGUCAACGCCACGGCCGUCACGCUGUUCCCGGACACCUGGCCGUCGUCGGGGUGCCCGCUGCUGUACCUGGUCGUGGAGAUGAAGGCCUCCGCCGCGGACGACCUGACCCUGCCCGACCUGUCGCCGGCGUCCUGGUACGCGCUGCGCGUCACGGCGCACAACGACGCCGGCUCGCACACCCAGGAGUUCGUGGUGGCCACGAGCGCCGAGGACGGCACCAUGCCGCCGCCGCGCUCCGCCCCCGAGCUGCUGUCGCCCGGCGACGCGCCGCCCCUGCUCACGCGCAUGCACGUCCUGGUGCCCACCGUGGCCGCCGCCAUCUGCGUGUCCGCGGUGGGCGUCUGCAUCGUCACGGUGGCGAGGAGGAGGAAGGACUCCAGCGCCGGCGGGGCCAGCGGCUUCAUCGGCACCAAGACCCUGGCCGAGGUGGAGAACAGGCGCAACCAGGACCACCAUCACCACCAGCAGCAGCGCCACCACCAGCACCUGCAGCAGCACCCGCAGCUGUACUCGCCGGCCGCGGCCAGGAAGGGCGACUCGAGCAUCAGCGGCCAGAAGGGUAGCGACACGUCCGCCGCGGACUACGACAUCUGCCCGUACGCGACGUUCUCGCUGUCCAACGCGCAGCCCACCGUGCCGGUGGCCGUGCCGGGCCUCGGCCAGGGCCUGCCGCAGGACGGCUACUACGGCAGCAGCGCCGUCAAGCGCCACCAGGGCAAGCGCAUCGUGGACAGCCCGCCCGACGGACUCAACCUAGGGAGCCGGCCCCGCAGUCUGGCGCUGGCCAACCGGUCCGACUCGGACAGUUCCGGCGUCGGCGGCGGCAGCCCUCGCAGGGCGUCGCCGCACAAGAUGCCCCUCAGGAUGUCCACCCCCGGCCAGCGCACGGCAGACCGGCGCGCGUUCGAGCACGACUCGAGCACCGAGUCCGCCGAGGCGUCGCCCGAGCCCUCGCGGCGCGCGCGCCGCAGCAACGGCUCCACGGGCAACGGGCCGCACCGGAGGGGGAUGCCAGCAAGGUAG